GUUGUUUUGUUAGGCAGACGUCAGAUCACUCACUUCCGUUACAGACUUCUACUUUCAAACAUAAUUUAUAUCACCCAAGUGAGGAGAAAAGAUUUUAAGAAUUAAUUAGAUCUUUUAAACGUUUUAAACACUGCUGACGGUUGGAUUUAUAACUGAUUUUAAAAAUUUUUCGCUAAAUGAGAUCAUCUUUCAGUUGCAACAUAUGUGGACUGCUGGUUCGUCACCUAUUUGAAUAAAAACUAAGAACAUGGCGCAGGAAAAGGUUCAAAUAAACGUAUACGACAUGUUUUGGACAAACGAAUAUACAUCAACUUUAGGAGUAGGAGUCUAUCAUUCUGGUUUAGAAAUUUAUGGCGUUGAAUACUCAUACGGUGGACAUCCGUUUCCUUUAUCCGGAAUAUUUGAUAUAGCUCCAAAAGAUUCCGAAGACUUGGGUGAACAGUUCAAAUUUAAGGAAACUAUAUAUAUUGGUACUACAGACUUCAAUCCAAACGAUAUUUCAACUAUGAUCCAACAAAUGGGUCACAAAUACCAAGGAGAUCAAUAUCACCUUCUACAUAAAAAUUGUAAUCACUUUACGGCAGAGUUUUGCAAGUUAUUAACGGGCAAGGAACCUCCUUCCUGGGUUAAUCGAUUAGCUUCCGUUAGUUCUUACAUCCCGUUUCUAGAAAAAGCAUUGCCAAAGGAAUGGUUAACACCAAUGGCUUUGGAGACGUCUCUUAAUCAAACUUGCUCCGAAACUACUCAAAAUUCUGCUGUGCUAAAAUAG